AUUGGCGCACUGGAGAAGAGACAUGAUCAGGCCGGUCGGAGUCCAUGGCGUCUGGCAGGUCGGUGGGGCCGAGUCACCGAAUUCCGUGAGUCGGAGUUGGCGAGAGCAGGCAUCGACUUUGCCCGGUGUUUUCACAGAGCCGGAUUCAGCCACCAGGACUUGACCAUCGCUCAUCCACCACCCUGAAAGCGUCGCGGCCUUACAGCCUUCGCCGGAUUUUAAGCGACACGUAGGAAUUUUCCAGCAAUGCCUCUUCAGCUACUCCCAAUGAAGGAGGCCGAUGUGCCGCAUUACGUGGAUAUUACCUGGGCGGCAGCCAGGGGCGACCUGAUGGGCGCCAUGUUUCCCAACGGAAUGUUCGAAACCGACCGGCAAUGGCUGAUCGACGACAAAAUCCAGGCGAUGCGCAAGCACCCCGAGACUACGAAAACGAUGAAAAUCGUCGAUUCCGACCUGCCCGAUGACCACUCAACCGGCAAGAUCAUCAGCGUGGCGACGUGGAAGAUCUAUCCGCGAGAGCGCACGGAGGAGGAAAUGGAGGCGGAGAAGAAGGAGGGCGAGGAACGGGGCCAUGCGCCGCACGCGAGUGCUCCCAUGCUCGAGGCCUUUUUCUCCCAGAUGGGCAAGUGCAAGAGGGAGAUUGUGGGGAAGAAGGCUGUGGUGUAUCUGGGGAUUCUCAUGACCCAUCCUGAUCACCAUCGUCGCGGCGCUGGGGCGAUGCAAUUGCAAUGGGGCUUUGAUUUGGCAGAUGAGCUUGGCCUGCCCGUGUAUUUAGAAGCCAGCCCGAUGGGCCAGCCGUUGUACGCGCGAUGUGGCUUCGAAACGAUCAAGGUUGUCGAUUUCAAACCUCGUGAUUGGGGCAUGGACCACGACAUUCCUCAUGUUUGCAUGCUGCGGCCCGCCCAGAUGGCCAACGGGCAUGCUUCCAGACUCCCAACUUAAGACGUUACACGUGGUUUCUGACGCGUCAAAAGACUGCCUUUGAUGCGAUGGGUGAGGAAAGAUAGACAGCGAAAGGAGCAACGUAGGCAGUCGACAAAAUCAAGACUUUUCCAGACUAUGGAGGCUUCAGUUGACCCUCGUAAUCAGCCCUCAGCGUGCUUGGUGGUGCAAUAUCAGACGGUCUUAUCGUUGAUGCCCUUGAGGGUCACGUCGCUGCAAACAUGGUGUCAGUGAGUGAUUGGGUCGGCAAAACGUCUAGUGGCAACUGGGAGCUUACAAGAUAAGAGUCGCAUUCGGGGGAAUAAGGCCCGGGAAGCCGCGACUGCCGUAAGCAUAAUCCCUGCGACCAUCGGUUAGUGAUGCUCAUCGAAGCCAAUGGUUGC